UCGCAGUUUUUGUCCCGGCCAUCCUGUUUCCACACUGCACGUGGAAGUCCCGCGUCCCAGCUGAUGCCGAACUCUGACCCCGGCCUGAACCAAUCAGCCGCGGAUCGAUUGCGGUUGGGCAUUGCGACUUAACGUUCAUCCAUAGUUUGCAGACAAACGCAAUCACCCAUCGUCCUUGUGAGAGUGUCCUGCGUGUCUGUGCAGAAAGGAAAGACCUGUUUAUUUUUUUUGUUUUGUUUGCUGCUCUUAGAAGCCAGCAUGAGUCAGUGGCUUCUCACCUGGAGCAGCAAUAGAAAAAAAAAGAACACACCAGAUAUCACUUCGGUUUCUGCCUCCAAGAUAGAUUCCCUCAGGAGUAAAGUGGACUUGCUGCGCCUCCCCCUGGCCCUCUCCUCCAAGUCCAUCAGCAACCGCAAGAGCCAGCUGGGCGUGGUCUGGGAGAAGGGCGGCGGCGGCGGCGGCGGCUCAGGGGCAGGAGGGGCUCAGAAACCCCGCCCACCGCCAGCCUCCGACAUGGACAACGAUUCCAUAUACUCAGGCUACUCCUUCAAGUCGUCCCACUCACGAAGCUCCCGCAAACACAGAGAGAGGAGGGACAAGCAUCGCUCAAAGUGUCGCGACAGCAGCAUCCGUGGAGACAAGUCGGUGACCAUCCAGGCUCCCGGAGAACCGCUGCUUGAUGCUGAGUCCACCAGAGGAGACGACAGGGAUGACAACUGGGGUGAGACCACCACGGUGGUCACCGGCACCUCCGUGGACAGCAUCUCCAACGAGGACCUGACACGGAUCUCUAAGGACCUAGAGGAGUCCUCGCCGCUAGAGUGUCGCCGUUACUUCGGCCUAGCGUUGGGCGCCAUUCUGGGGCUCUUCGCUCUGGUCACUCCUCUGGCCUUCUUGGCCCUCCCACAGCUCCUCUGGCGGGACACACUGGACCCUUGCGGCACCCCGUGUGAGGGCCUUUACAUUUCUCUGGCCUUUAAGCUCCUGAUCCUCCUCAUCUCCACCUGGGCGCUGUUCCUCCGCCCGCCCAGAGCCACUCUGCCACGCUUCUUCAUAUUCCGCUGUCUGCUGCUGGUGCUGGUCUUCCUCUUCGUGGCGUCCUAUUGGCUCUUCUAUGGGGUGCGGGUGCUGGAGCCCAGAGAGACGGACUUCAGGGGAAUUGUGGGAUAUGCAGCGUCUCUGGUGGAUGCACUGCUGUUCAUUCAGUACCUGGCCCUGGUGCUGCUGGAGGUCAGACACCUACAGCCUGCUUUCUCUCUGAAGGUUGUGAGGACCACAGAUGGAGCCAGCCACUUCUACAGUGUGGGACAUCUCAGUAUUCAGCGGGCAGCAGUGUGGAUUCUGGACCAGUAUUACAGUGACUUCCCGGUGUAUAACCCGGCCCUGCUUAACCUUCCAAAGUCCAUCCUCACCAAGAAGAUGUCUGCCUUCAAGGUCUACAAUCUCGGGGAAGAGAACAGCACCAAUAACUCCACGGGGCAGUCCAGAGCCAUGAUCGCAGCCACCGCUCGGAGAAGAGACAACUCCCACAACGAGUACUACUACGAGGAGGCAGAGGUGGAGCGGAGGGUCCGCAAGCGCAAGGCCAGACUGGUGGUGGCAGUAGAAGAGGCCUUCACCCACAUCAAGCGUCACCAGGAAGAGGAGGCGACCGUAUCCUCGCCUAAACACCCACGGGAGGUGAUGGACCCCAGGGAGGCGGCUCAGGCCAUCUUCGCCCCCAUGGCACGGGCCAUGCAGAAGUACCUCCGUGCCACCAGGCAGCAGUCCUACCACAGCAUGGAGAGCAUCAUCAACCACCUGCAAUUCUGCAUCACGCACAACAUGACCCCCAAGGCUUUCCUCGAGCGCUACCUCAGCCCAGGUCCCACCCUCCAGUACCUGGACAGUGGUACGGGGCGCCGGUGGACACUGGUGAGCGAGGAGCCGGUGACAGCCUCUUUGCGCCAGGGCCAGGUCUUCACCCUGAAACGCCUGGACUUCUCCCUGGUCGUCACCGUCGCGCCCCUUCCCCACGUGUGCCUGGGCGAGGAGUUCGUCGACCCCAAAAGCCACAAGUUUGUCAUGAAGCUCCAGUCAGAAACGUCUGUAUAGGGGGAGGGAAAUGAAUAAUGGCUACUGUCUGUGCACACAAGAGGUGUAGCUUUUCAUGAAUUUUGUUUGUCGAUUAGCCCAAUUAUGCAAAUUGGAAACGUCUAAGUUAUCAUAAACCUACAGAAAAAAAAGAGGCAAGGCAACAGAAAUACCCCAUCUCUUGUCUUGUUCCUCUUUUUUCUUCUAGCGAACUACAAUUUCACCCUUGCCGCAAAGAGCUUACAUUUAACCGAUAAUGCACUGGAGACUGCUCCAACUUCCCAUUAUACUAAGGAAGGCUGUUCUUUAGUUGUAUUUCACAAGAGAUUUAAUAAAAUACAUUAUUUUGAUAACAAUUAUUUGGCUAAAAAAGGAAUGACCUGUUGAGUCUAUAAAUUGGACUUUAACCACACUUUUAAUUCAUGCAACCCUCAUUCAAGAGAUAUACCCAUGUGAGAUAUCAACUGGCGGUGGUAAAAUAUGAGAGUAUUCGGGAAGUGUACGGGAACACCGUACAGCCGACCUUUUUCUGGCGCAGUUAGACUUGAGAGGCCUGGCUUGGACUCGCACUACGUCAGAGCUGAUCUUGCGUCUCAUUUCGCUUCUUAGUUGAACUUCUCGUUUGCCACCAAAUGGUCCUGUACAGGCUACGGACUGGCAUCGAAAAAGGUUCCCCGAGCCUUUUUCUCCCCUCACUUUGGACAUUGACAGGAUUCUCUGACCAACUCCAAGGGAGAUGCAACCGCUUCUGAAUUGCUUCCUCUAUUUCUGAUUCCACUGAACAGUUUACUGAGAAGUGGACAUAAAUUAUUUUCCAGUGGAAAUAUGAUGUAAGAAACACUGGACGGGCUCAUGCACUGAGCAUUUCAUUGUAUUAUUCCUCUUUAGUUUUUAUUGAAUCACUUUUUAUUUCUGGAGUUCCACCUACAUAAAUGUUUUUUUUUUUUUUUUUUAAUGGUUAAUACUCAUGCACUGGCAACAAAUAUAAGCACAAUUUGGGCACAAUAAAGCACCAGUCUAUGUUCACUAACACUGGUAGGGGACGCUUUCACCUCUGCAAAUAGGUUAUAGUCUUGAUUAGCUCAGGCACAAUAUAGCCAAGUAACAUCAGUGUGCUUCUUUUUGGCAGCUUGAUGUUAAUUUUACUGUCUGAUAUUUUGCAAAGCCUGUGUGUGCGUGAAUGCGUCUCUGUGUGCGCGUGUGUGUGUCUGUAUGGUUGAAUAUGGCUGGAUCCCCGGCUGCACAAAGUGGGCGACCGGCCCAGGGGCUGAGACCCCCAGAGGCCGCAAAAUCCACAGGAUUUUUUUAUUUGAUUAAUGGCAAAUUGGUUCACUAAUUUAUCAUUGCAUUAGUAUAACACUGUCAGACUCAAUUUUAAAAAAUUAUCAAAAUUCAUACACAAAACCCACAGAUACUCAGUUUAUCAUGCAGCAUAGGAAACCAGCAUAUAUUCACAUUUAUGAAGCCAGAGCCAAUGGUGUGUGUGUGUGUGUGUGUGUGUUUGGUGUUUUUGCUUGAAAAAUACCUAACAAUUCAUCAGUUAUCAAAAUAGUUGCAAAUUGAUUUUCUGUCGAGGAACUAACUGAUUACUAGACUGAUCGUUCCACUUCUGUCUGAAAGCUGCUGUAUGUAUUUUGGGGGUCAACAGGGGCCCCCCCCAGCAGGUUAAUCCGGACAAGGGUUGAUACUUGUGCAUAUUUGUGCGUCUUUUGUGACUCAAAAAUGUCCUUUUUACACUACAAAUAAAGAUUGCCGUGCCAAUCACAAGCAGUUUACAUGUACAUUUCGAUGCAGUUUUCUAAGCUUGUAUUUUUUCCUGUUUAUAAUUGAUUUGUUUACUCUCACUUUAUUGUACUGAAACUAAGCUCUUAACACUUGUCUCAAGAUUGUUAUUUGCUGCUUAAGACUCUGUAAAACGUUUUUUAUAAAUGAUCACAUCCAGUUAAUCACAA